CUCGGUAGUUUGAAACUCGUACUCGCAGUUCAUUCCUACACACGAAGCCGUACCGAUUAAUUAUUGCGAGUACGAGUUUCAAUGGGACGAUUUAUCUGAGCAAUCAGAUCCUUCUCCACAUUAUCUUCUGCUAUGAUGAUCACCCAUUGAUUGCUCUUUGGAUGGAUGGACGGAUACAUAUUGCCUCUGAAUCUGAUCGCUGACAACCUAAGUCUGAUAUUUUAGAAUUUGUGGAGAGCUAGGUGUAGACCUUAGUCUAUGUAGAUCAGUGAAGUUACAUGAUGGAAUGUAGGUCUAAAACAAGAAGCAGAUGUGAGGACUUUGAAUUCAGUGCAGAUCUGAGGGAAGCAGAGACUGUCCAGUCAUUUCCAGAAGUCAAGCGAGAAAAGGAGAGAGGGACACUUAAUCAGCACCAAACCACAUAUAGAAGUGUAGCAGAAAGUGUCCAUUUAGUCCCAGAAGAUAUGAGCAAGCAAGUAGCAGAGAGAGGGGCAUCAAAUCCUCUCAGAACAACGGAUAGGAGUGCAGCAGAAGGUGUUCAGUCAGUCCCAGAAGAUAUGAGCAAGCAAGUAGCAGAGAGAGGGCCCAGAGGGGCAUCAAAUCCUCUCAGAACAACGGAUAGGAGUGCAGCAGAAGGUGUUCAGUCAGUCCCAGAAGUUAAUGCCAAGCAAGAAGUUCAGAGUAGGACCUUGAUUUCACUGCAUUCUACAGAUAUGUGCAUAGAAACAUCACUAGGACAUACAUGUACUAACAAGCAAGAAAUGGAAAGUAGGAAGUCCAACUUUCUGCGACAUACUGGAGAGAGUGUAGAUGAAACUGCACCAUCAGUCCCGGAUCACAUUAUGCAAAGAACAGAGAGUUGGACCUUACAUACUUCACCACCUUCCAAUAGGAGCUCAGAGGAAACUAUUCAAUUAGUUGUAGGAGUUCUCAUCAAGCAAGAAGAUGAGAGCAAUGACGUUCAUUACCUGUCACCCAUGAAUGAAAUCACUCCAUCAGCCAUUGAAGUUCUCAAGGGAGAAGCAGUGACCUUUUCAACUACCGGUGGGAGUGGAGAGGAAAUCGCUCAGUUAGCCCUCAAAACCAACAUCAAGCAAGAACCUACAGGAGAUAGUGUAGAGGAAGGUGUUUUAUCAAGUCUAGAAGGUGAUGUUGUCGACAAGGGACAAGACAAGGUAAUACGUGGAAUGUCAAUCAACAGUGGAGGUAAAUCUCAUCUUUGUUCAGAUUGCGGCAAGGUGUUUUCCACAACAGAUCAACCCGACAUUCAUCUGAGGACACAUUCUGGAGAAAUUCAGGAGCUACAUCAAUGUCCAUGUUGCAGUGAGAGAUCAUGUCAGGCCAUUCAUCCCCUUCUCCACUUGAAAUCACACGCCGGAGAAAAGACAUAUGAAUGUUCACACUGUGAUGUUGUUGACAACAGACAAGACAAGGUAGAACGUGGAAUGUCAAUCAACAGUGGAGGUAAAUCUCAUCUUUGUUCACAUUGCGGCAAGGUGUUUUCCACAACAGAUCAACCCGACAUUUAUGUGAGGAUACAUUCUGGAGAAAUUCAGGAGCUACAUCUAUGUCCAUGUUGCAGUGAGAGAUCAUGUCGGGCCAUUCAUCCCCUUCUCCACUUGAAAUCACACGCCGGAGAAAAGACAUAUGAAUGUUCACACUGUGAGAAAGGAUUUUCUAAGAAAAGUACUCUUAACCGUCAUCUCCGAACACAUACCGGAGAAAAGCCACAUGAAUGUUGCUAUUGUAAGAAAGGGUUUUCUAACAAAUGCAAUCUAACCCAACACCUCCUAAUACAUACAGGAGAAAAGCCGUAUGUGUGUUCACACUGUGAGAAAAGUUUUUCUGACAAAGGCAAUCUAACCCAACACCUCCGAACACAUACAGGAGAAAAGCCAUAUGAAUGUUGCUAUUGUAAGAAAGCAUUUUCUCAGAAAAGUAUUCUUAACCAUCAUCUCCGAACACACACAGGAGAAAAGCCAUAUGAAUGUUGCUAUUGUAAGAAAGGAUUUUCUCAGAAAAGUAUUCUUAACCGUCAUCUCCGAACACAUACAGGAGAAAAGCCGUAUGAAUGUUGCUAUUGUAAGAAAGCGUUUUCUAAAAAAAGCAAUCUCAGCCAACACCUCCUUACACAUACAGGAGAAUAUGGAUGUUCACACUGUGAGAAAAUUUUUUCUGACAAAGGCAAUCUAACCCAACACCUCCUAACACAUAAAGGAGAAAAGCUGUAUGUAUGUUCACAGUGUAAGAAAGCGUUUUCUACCAAAAGCAAUCUCAGCCAACACCUCGUAAGACAUACAGGAGAAAAGCCAUAUGGAUGUUCACACUGUGAGAAAAGUUUUUCUGACAAAGGCAAUCUAACCCAACACCUCCUAACACAUACCGGAGAAAAGCCAUAUGAAUGUUGCUACUGUAAGAAAGGAUUUUCUCAGAAAAGUACUCUUAAACGUCAUCUCCGAACACAUACAGGAGAAGAGCCAUAUGAAUGUUCACACUGUAAGAAAGGAUUUGCUUUGAAAAGUACUCUUAACCGUCAUCUCCGAACACAUACAGGAGAAAAGCCGUAUGUGUGUUCACACUGUGAGAAAAGUUUUUCUGACAAAUGCAAUCUAACCCAACACCUCCGAACACAUACAGGAGAAAAGCCAUAUGAAUGUUCACACUGUAAGAAAGGGUUUUCUAAGAAAAGCAAUCUCACCCAGCACUUCCUAACACACACAUGAGAAGAGCCACAUGAAUGUUGCUAGUGUAAGAAAGGAUUUUCUUAGAAAAGCACUCUUAAUUGUCAUAUCCAAACACAUACAAGAGAAAAGCUGUUUGAAUUUUCACACUGCAAGAAAGGGUUUUCUCAGAAAAGUCUACCCAAUCAUCAUAUACUACCACACACGAGAGAAAAGCCAUAUGAAUGUUGUUUUAAUUUUAAGAAAGGAUUUUCUCAGAAAAGUCUACUCAAUCAUCAUAUACUACCACACACAAGAGAAAAGCCAUAUCAAUGUUGUUUUAAUUGUAAGAAAGGAUUUUCUCAGAAAAGUCUACUCAAUCAUCAUAUACUAACACACAGAGGAGAAAAGCCAUAUGAAUGUUGUUUUAAUUGUAAGAAAGGAUUUUCUCAGAAAAGUCUACUCAAUCAUCAUAUACUACCACACACAAGAGAAAAGCCAUAUCAAUGUUGUUUUAAUUGUAAGAAAGGAUUUUCUCAGAAAAGUCUACUCAAUCAUCAUAUACUAACACACAGAGGAGAAAAGCCAUAUGAAUGUUGUUUUAAUUGUAAGAAAGGAUUUUCUCAGAAAAGUCUACUCAAUCAUCAUAUACUAACACACAGAGGAGAAAAGCCAUAUGAAUGUUGCUUUUUUAAGAAAGGAUUUUUUCAGAAAAGUGAACUCAAUUGUCAUAUACUAACACACACAAGAGAAAAGCCAUAGGAAUGUUGCUAUUGUAAGAAAAGAUUUUCUCAGAAAAGUAUACUCAAUCGUCAUAUACUAACACACACAAGAGAAAGCCAUAGGAAUGUUGCAAUUGUGAGAAAGGAUUUUCUCAGAAAAGCCUACUCAAUCGUCAUAUACUAACAUACACAAGAGAAACGCCAUAGGAAUUUGUCACUGUCAGGAAAGUGUUUUUAUUUGAAAAAUGCAAUCUUACCAACACCUAGCAACACACAGAGGAGAAAAGCCAUAUAAAUGCUCACGAUGUAAGAAAUGAUUUUCUCAGAAAAGUAUAUUUAACCGUCAUCUCCGAACAAACACAAGAGAAAAGCCGUAUGAAUAUUCACACUGUAAGAAAAGUUUUUCGCACAAAGGCAUUCUCACCCAACACCUCCUA